CAAAACAGUUCGGCUAUUCUUGUGGGGACGCUCGCAUUGUGCUUUCUACUUUCAGGCAAAUGAACAUGGCAAGUCGUGCCGCACUGAGCUCCAACAGAGGCCAGCUAAAGUUUGCUCCCUUCUAAUUACGCUCUUUAAAAUCUACGGUUGUGCCAUACCUCAAGCGCCAUUCAGCAGGGGAAACCAGAUCGAGCUAAACACGAGACGAUGGAUCUAAGGAAAAAUAUAAAGUUAUUGUUGAUUUUCCUCGCAGUUGCCUCGAUGAGAUUACACGCUUCUCAAGUGAAAUUAAGAGGCCGACAAUUUAUGACUUACAAACUAGAAUCUGGUGAAAACUCCAGACAGACUGUUGUUAAAUUGCGAUUCCAAACCAUUCAUCCAAACGGUCUUUUUUUGUAUUCCAAAGGAACUAAAACUGAUGAGUACCUCCAGCUUGACCUCUUUCAUGGACAGGUGCGGUAAGUGUGUUGUUAAUUUUUAUACGUUCGCUGUGUGAGGAGAUCUUGCUAACUUGUAAACAGUUGUAAAAACCAACUACUGGGCCAAGCUUAAAGAUGUGGGAACAAUUGAAAAAAAACCUUUUGUUUUUUUUUGGUAUUUCAUUCAACGCAUCUUUUUCUUAAGGUGGCUUGACUGGAUUUUUCGGGAGGAUACCUCCCAAGUUUGAGCAUUAACUACGUCGCCAUGAGUAAAGAUAUGGGAAAAAGAUUACCACAACUGUAUUAUGUAAAGAUGAAAAUUUAAUGUAAUAUAAGGUCUGUUGAAAAGGAAACACUGCGUCUUAUUUUCCUUUCAUUGGCAGUUAAUUGCAAUUCAGUUGCAAAAGAAAAUGUUAUACUUCUUUUUUUAGAUUGUUAAGGUUGUUGUCCCUAGCCAUCUCUCAUUUUUUUCUCUUAAUUUGUAUUUGGGUGUAAUUUCAGAUCUGAAUGCAAAGAAUGUAUAAUACUGUACAUAAGAACAAAGCGAUAAAUAUCUAGAUCGGUUUUUAAAAUAUAUAAUAAGAUUACUUUGUUUUCAAAACAAAAAUAAGCGAAGGAAUCCUUAGGAAUGUUUUCGAUAAAUUAUUAGAUUUCAAGGAAAUGAGCUGUGUUUAUGGCUAACUGAGGAAAUUUUAUGAAAAAGCGUUUUUUGAAAAUUUAUAAAUAGCCGUUCCUUAAUGGGCGAAUUUUUUUAAUGUCAAUGAAAUAUUUGUUGACCUUGAUUUCUCGUAUUCUUUAACUAUUUUAACAUACAAUGAUAAACAUUUUGUGUCAAAGAGGAAAUUUGUUGUUAAAAUUAACGAGAACUCUGUCCAAAUCAGAAAUAUUUCUUCGACCACUUAUUUUUAAAGAAAUCGUUUAAUCAGACUCCGCAUUAUUGUUCCCUGCAGUUUUGGAGACUGAAUAACCUUCUUUUGUCUCUCAAAAUUUUAAACCAUGCAAAUGAAUCACACAAAAUUAAACUUUGGCAAGAUUGUGCACUCCAUAAAAGAAACCGAAAAGAACUGUGUAGUUAUCAAAAACACGCUUACUUAAACAACAAAACGAUAAAAGAAAUCGGAUCGAUGCAGUUUUUUCUGUAAAGCGACUUUGUUUAAUUCUUCUGAAUAUGUAUUCCUUAUUUUUGUGCAUUUUUUGGUUUGCCUCUCCGCUUAAGCAACAAUGAUAAUCACCAUCCGCCAAGUUCUUCUUUGCGAAAAAAAUCUUAUUUAUUUGCUCUCUAUUGAAACAAAUCGCAUACAUUUUAUUGCAGUUUCCAUACACUGCAUGUUUUUGUACUGAUCCUUUUAGAGAUCAAUUCCCUUCUUUUUUUUCUGCGGAAAAUAUAUACGUGGCCUUAAUGGCUUUAUCUGCAACACCGUAGGAGGGCCAUACAAAUCAAUUUUCCCUUUCACCCAUGUUUGAAACACCACCUGAAUCGAUCAGAUUUGUCUACUUAUUUUUUAAUGCCUUAAAUCAGUGCCGCAAAAACCUACAUUUUUCAUUUGGAUUAUCAAAAAGUUAGUUUAAGGUACUUCCAGUGUACUAUAUGCUAUGUGAAACAAAGUACAAAUUGAAUUAGCUUACACGUAAAUGCUACCAAAGAUAUACCACUGAUAUCUUGCCCUUUACUGUCGCUUUUAAGUAUCUUUAAUGAAAUUCUUGCCCAAAGCCUCACCACUCAAACCAUCCAGACCACCAAAAGAUUUCGGCAAAAUUAUUUUGAUUAACAUUUUAAUUUACAAAGGCUGUUCCUGUGAUUUUGAUUCAUAUCUAAUAUUAUAGUACAGUACAAAGGCACUCCCCCUUUUGUAGUCUUUACAUAAAACAUGAUUUGGGUAAUGCCACAACGUCGUAGCCUGAAAUUCAUCCGAUUGCUUCGAGUCGUUUUCUCCUCUCAACAACGUCUGAAUCGACCGGCCGUUAAUGCCGUCCAGUGACGUCACUCACUACCCGAAAACCGGGUAGUGAUUUUGAUUGGUUGAUUUUCUAAACAUUCGCAUAAUUAUGUAUAAUUAUGAAAACUUUUAGCGGGAUUGUCGCUUGAUAUUCAGUGCAUCGCAUUCCUGGCAUUCUAUUCGUUGAAUUUAAUUAAUCUUUAUCUUAAACAGCAAAAUUGCCCUUGUCUUCGAACCUGAAAUGCUAAAUUGAACUGCGAAUGAAGAAUCAUUGCGGAGAGUCGGUAGGUUUUUCAUUUAGAGCCGCUUUGUGGUUUCGGCGGCCGGUUAUUUUGUUUACGCGAAGUUUUCUGAUAUCAAUGUUAUAAUUCGACCUUCUUGCUAUUUUUACCGUCAAGUGUAAUGAUUCUGUUAGCUUUUCUUUCUCGUCUCCUUGCUUUUUUCUUCGUUAAGGACCAAAGAGCUUCUUUUCAAUUAAAGCAAAUCACUGUGUUUUUGAACUAAGGCCCAGUUCAGACGUCGUGCUUCUGGCGUGCCGAACUAAAUUCAGGAAUUAAGUUCGACAAAAGCACGGCAGAAGCACGACGUCUGAAUCAAAGUUUUGAAUUAAGUUCGGCAAGCAAUUAAGUUCGACAAGCGCUGUCGUGCUACACGGCUCUGGCACGGCAGCGAUUCAAACGUCGUGCUUCUGCCGCGCCAAACCAAGUUCAUAAAUUAUAUUAAUGUAUUUUGGCGAUAUUGCGUUCCCACGGGGAGUUGGGGGAAGAAUUGUCACGAGGCAUCAGUAAAUCCUGAAUUUGGUUCGACUCUGGCACGACGUCUGAAUCAAAGUUGUUUUACUGCCGUGCUACAGUCGAACCAAAUCACAAUUAAGUUCGGCACGGCAGAAGCACGACGUCUGAACUGGGCCUAAGUGUUCCGUGUAUGUGUUUAUUUCAUUACGUGAUUGUGACCGAGUUUGAUCAUAGAAUUUAGUACAACCGGUUCAGAGUUAUACUGCAUGCAGUUGAUAGUUUGAACGUUAAACAUGAAUUACGAUCGAAAAAAAUAAAGUAGUUCUGUAUCAUGCAGACAUUUCCAAACGAUAUUUCUCGGUUUGCCACUUGAAAAUCGUGUUUUACUUUUUGCAUGAAUUAAAGCAAAGGUCAAGGAGUAGUGACGUCACUGGACGGCAUUAACGGCCGGUCGAUUCACCACCGCGGUCAAACGUCUAAAUCGUUAUUUUUGUUUUUUAUUCCUGGGAUUUCAUUUACCAGUUAGAGAAAAAUGGGCAAAGAUAUAUAAAUCAGUUAGUCAACAUAACUAUCUUUCCAUUUUUCUCAAAAUUUUGAGCUUUUUUCGCUGAAAACGCUUCGUGCUAAAAGAGAAUCAUGUUUGAAAAUGGCGUCGAUAAUAACGUCAGCAUCGGUUUUCAAUCACUUAGAACUUUUUUAGUAAACUUUUAAAAAGUUUAGUAAACUAACAGGAUGUUGGUAAUACCCUAAACUUUCGAUAGUGAAAGUAGCAACCUUAACGUUAAGUAUUUCGCUUAACUUUUGCAAAUUUCACUCGUUUGAUCGCUGUGAAGGUCGAUUCAAGACGUUACUGAGGGAGUAAUAACGACUCGAAGUAAUCGGAUGAAAUUCAGGCUAACAACGUCGACAUUUUUUAAAAAUUUUGUAAACUCAAUCAAACUCGUGCGUUCAUAUUUGCAUCAACGCGGGAAAGAUUUUUAUCCUUAGCAAGAAGUAGGACUUUCGUCGCUUAAAGCCAGAGGGCUAGAAUUAGAAUAAGACUGAAGCGCUGGCAACUAUGGCUGUAUAGUAAUUGUAGCCCUAUAUGUAUAGUUCUGCCAAGAGUACAGCUACAGUAGCUUCUUCGAACAGUUGUUGGCGAAGAGAAGCAACCGACAGCAAUGGGCCACAUUGAUUAGAAAGAAUAUGCGUUGCACUUUUACUUUCCCAAAUUCAGACGCUGGAAUGGUUACUCUUUUUAUUCACUAGAAACAAACGGACUAGUGAUGGAUACAGGCUCUUACAAAUUCUGGGUGACAUUCGUUGUAUGAGAAACUCUUUGAGAGCUUCAUGGUUUAGACGAAGAUUAAAAAUGUCUUUAAAAGAUUAAAAUAUAUACUUUUUAUUCUCUAGUUAUCAAGCAUAUAUUGGAGGCAUCCACAAACAUGGAAAGGUGAAAAUAUUAGACGCAAAUAAGGAGUUGAACGACGGCGAAUGGCACAAUGUCACCUUAGUACAACGUGGAAGAACUGCUAUUCUUGAGGUGGAUAAGUUGCGAAGCUCAAAAAUCGUUCAAACAGACUACCAAGAUCUUCACCUCGACGGCAACAUUUUCAUUGGUGGAAUGAGGUCUUCCGACUACAAGAUCCACCGUCCUGAGAGCCGUAAUUUUAGCGGGUGCAUUGAAGACCUUACAUUUCGUGGUGCAAACCUGAUCAGAAAGGCUGAAACCAAACGUCCAGAGGUCAGUGUGUACGGGAAUAUUAAUGUGGCAUUUAAGUGCGAGGAACUCGAUUAUAGGGUAGUAACACUUCCGAAUCCGAACACAGGCUAUCGAGUGACUGUACGUAAGUUACACGCAGACAACGACACAUUUUCAACGAGUUUUUACUUUCGUACAUACAUAAAACAAGGCCUUCUGUUGUCACGAAGCGCGAUUAAGGUCAAGUUAAAUUUGCGAUUGUCACAUGGCACUUUGAUUUAUAAUCUUAUGGCUCCAAACGGAUCAAGGACAACAUUAAAACUGGGUUCUGAACUUGACGAUGGAGAAUGGCAUAAAGUCAACGCUAGUGUCAGAGGGCGAGAAGUUCGCUUGCAACUCGACGAGAAAAUCCGGACAGAACCUUUGAACCAAUCACGGCCUUUAAUGCUGGACUUCGCAAAUAAAUCUCGCCUGAAAAUAUUUCUUGGUGCCUUUGAAGAGAGAGAUUUUCCCGGUUUUGUUGGGUGCGUUUACAACUUACAGAUAGACAGUCAUAGGAUUACAAUAAAUAAUCUCAAGAGUAAAAGCGGCAAACACACUAAUAAAUAUUUGCGAAACACUUGCCGCCUACAGAAUCGCUGCCAGCCGAAUCCGUGUAAAAACCGAGGCAUAUGUACACAGACUUGGGACAGGUUCUACUGUAAUUGUAAAUACACCGUAUUUGAAGGGGAACGAUGCGAUAUUUCUAUUUACAAGGCCACAUGCGAAUAUUACAAAGCCAUGGGGUUGGAGAAAAGUGCUUUGUGUUUGCUUGACUCAGUAGGUGGUGGAACGCCAUAUACAGCAUAUUGUAAUUUAACCCGGGAUGCCGCAAAAACGACAAUACGUCACGAUAAAAUGACUAAAACGAGAGUAGGAGAUGGGAUUAUGAAAGGAUCUGAUUAUCUACAUGAAAUAACGUACUCCAUUGGCAUGGAACAAAUUGAAAAACUAAUUAGGAAAAGCAGCAAAUGUCGCCAACAUGUUAGGUUUCAUUGCUUCCAAUCUAAGCUUCUAAAUUCGCCCAAUGGGCCUCCUCACGCGUUGUGGCUGUCACGUGACUCGGAGAGACAAAACUAUUGGGGCGGAGCAGAACCCGGAAGUGAAAAAUGCGCGUGCGGAAUGUCUGACCCGCCGACUUGUGCGGGUACCGGUAAAUUUUGCAAUUGUGACAACAAGGACAGAAUAUGGCAAGUGGAUGAAGGAUAUUUGACAGAUAAAAACGCUCUUCCCGUCACUGCUCUGGUAUUUAACUCCAAAAGCGAGAGAUCUGACUUCACAGUAGGUCCACUGGAAUGUUGGGGAGGUUUAGAUAAAUAUAAAAUUUCCAUGAUACAACCCCAGCAGAGUGGAAUGGCGACUGAUAAUCCAUUAGAGAAAGGUUGUCCGAAUGAUCCGAAACCAACGGAAGCGAUCAACAUCACGACUUCUCUUAGCUCCACCAAUAAAGUUUCCACACCGAAAACGACCUGCACAACAUCCCCAACCUCCAAGCCAAAUGCUACCACGACAGCUCCCUAUCCUAAAACGCCUGCAAAAGAAAUACAAAGCUCACUAUCGCCAAAAGAAUUCACUGUAGAUAACGGAACCGGAGAAUUGUCUACCAUCGCUAUCGUAAUGAUUUCCGGCGCUUUAGUAGUUAUUGUUCUAUUAUCCAUGAAAUUAGGUCUUCCUCGCGUUAUUAUGUGUGUUCGAACGCACAGUAAGCGUGGCGAGUACAUUGUCCCACCGACCGGCUCUGGUGGAUAUCCAGCAAGAUUAUUUCCGCUGGUAGCCAAACGUGCGUCACUACGGGGGAAGCAGUUAACACAGUACAGCGUAAAUGACAAACAUGUAGAGGGCAACACGACAAGUGGAAUCAAUUCAUACUGGGUGUGA